AUCGGUCAUUCAGCUUUGACUUUAGAGAGUGAAAGAAGAAGGAGAAGAAGGAGAAGGAGAUAAGAAAGCAUGGGAUCGUUUCUGUCAAGCCUGCUCGGAGGAUCGCCGGCGGAGGCCUCAGCCUCCUCAUCCGAAGACUCUCGGGUGACGUCGUUUCACUCAUCCGCCAGGUGGCAGCUCCACUUCAAUUCCAUCAAGGACACCUCCAAACUGCUGGUGAUCGAUUUCUCGGCGUCGUGGUGCGGGCCCUGCAGGUUCAUAGAGCCGGCCAUCCACGCCAUGGCGGAUAGGUUCACCGACGUUGACUUCGCCAAGAUCGACGUCGACGAGCUCUCAGAUGUGUCUCAGGAAUUUGGGGUGCAGGCAAUGCCGACCUUUGUGCUUUUGAAGAACGGGAAGGAGGUGGAUCGGGUUGUUGGUGCCAAGAAAGAUGAGCUUGAGAAGAAGGUUGACAAGUACCGUUCACUUUGAUUAAGCUAAGUUUAUUUCAGUAUUUCAGUUUGUGAUUUUACUAUUUGUUACUGAAAAGUGUUCCAACUUUCUGUGUUUGAUUCGAAAAACUCAUAUUAUCAAAUUCAAGUUUAUUGUUGGUC